UAAACAGUUUUGCCAUGGGCCUGGCUUGCUCAGUUCUCCAUUUUGUAUGUUUUUCUUGAAAGGUUAGCGCCUACUUUCUUAAUGGCUAGCUGCGAAUCACCGUAGCUCAGCCAGUUCAACGCAGUUUGCGUGACAGUGUACAGCUGGGUCGAAGUAGAAGAGGGACCAUUCAUUAACACCCAGCUCGGUGUGUUUUUGUCGUUUUGAUCAAGCCAUGUAGGUAGGAUACGACGCGUGAGGAGUAACGUUAGCGUUAACUAACAUUGAGUCAGUGUUGCGUGUUGUGGACUGCCACUUUCAACCAAAACAAUGUUGACAGACGACCUGUGGACACUUAACAACAGUCAGGCAUUUCAAGGAUGGAUAAUGGUGGAGUGAAGAAGAUAACACACAUAAGAGAUGGCCAUUUAAGCAAACUGGUCUACACUGAAAGCCCGGAGGAGGGAGGUCUACUGAAAGUGGCUCCUCACAGUGCAAUGUCCAUCACCUCUGCCACCUCUGUCGUUCUUCCAUCCAGCUCAUUGAUGCAGCCAGGGCAGGUGCCUAUUAACGGACUCAGCAACAGCCCCCUUCCAGAGGAGCUCACCUCCACCUCUGUCACUGCCUUUGUAGGCCCCUUGUUGGAAGACCCAGAACCCAAGGGCCUGACCAAAGAUCAGAGGCUUCAGCAGCAGUUACUCCAGACACAGACUUCCGCUACGUUUGAGCGUCAAACCUUGAGGGACAAUUUGGCCCAGUUGGAGGCCAGUAUAGCGGACAUUACUCAGUCCUCCAUGGAUUCACUUAUUGGGGGAUCAGAUCCCAACUUCUUUCCCAUGAGAACAGAGGAUUUCUCCAUGGAAAAAGGAGACCAGGACCCCAUUGACCUUGAUCAUGCCUUUGAGCACAUUGAGAAAGAUGUGGACGUGAACCAGAAAUUGUUUAGUGACAACACUCUGGACCUGCUCCAAGAUUUCGAGCUGACUGGGUCCCCCUCAGAUUUCUAUGUAGGGGAUGAUGCCUUCCUGUCUUCUCUGGCAGAUGAUUCAAUGCUAGGGGAUGUUAGCUCAGAAAAGGACAUAAAGGCCGCCGUGGUUGAGGACAUUAACCGUAGCGCAGCAGUCUCUGUUGCUCUCAAUGGCAGUCCAGAUCAGUCCAUCUCCAGCGUAUCCACAACUACCUCCUUAACCCCUACAACCACUUUGUCUGCAUUGGUGAAGAAAGAAAAAGAUGCUGGCUUCAUUCAGCUCUGCACCCAAGGUGUGAUCAAACAGGAGAAGAUGUCUGCAGGUCAGAGUUAUUGCCAAAUGAGUGACAGGUCCUCCACAGACAUGUCCAACUCUAACCCCAUCUCCAUCUGUGGGGUCAGCACUUCAGGAGGACAAAGCUUCCACUUUGGAGUCAACCCCAGCAGCAAUGAAGCUCAGCAGCAGAAGGAUCAGAAGCCAGUGUCCAGCCUGUAUCUCCCAUUAACACCCAUUGGUGGGCCCUGGAACAGAGGCCCGGGUGUUGGGGACAACUUGGCGAUGCACAGGCCCAGUGAUGCUUUCUCAAGCUCUUCCUCUUACCCCACCAGCCUUGCCAGUGCCAUCUCCAGACAGGAAGGGGUCACCGCUACAUCCUCAGCACAGGGAAAGAGCGGGAUUCAUAAAAUUUGCCUGGUGUGCUCUGAUGAGGCGUCAGGCUGCCACUACGGCGUUCUCACCUGUGGCAGCUGCAAGGUGUUUUUUAAGAGAGCAGUGGAAGGGCAGCAUAAUUACCUGUGUGCUGGGAGGAAUGACUGCAUAAUUGACAAGAUCAGGAGGAAGAACUGCCCAGCCUGCCGUUUCCGCAAGUGUCUAAUGGCAGGCAUGAACCUGGAAGCGCGCAAAACCAAGAAGUUGAACCGCCUAAAGGGCGUCCUGCCGAGCAACCCACCCGAACCAACUCCUUCCCCGCCAGUUGAGGCUCGGUCCCUUGUACCCAAGUGCAUGCCUCAGCUUGUCCCCACGAUGCUGUCCCUGCUGAAGGCCAUCGAGCCAGACACCAUCUACGCCGGCUACGACAGCACCCUGCCCGACACCUCCACCCGCCUCAUGACCACCCUCAACAGGCUGGGCGGCCGGCAGGUCAUCUCUGCUGUCAAGUGGGCAAAGGCUCUGCCAGGUUUCAGGAACUUGCACCUGGACGACCAGAUGACUCUGCUGCAGUGCUCCUGGCUCUUCCUCAUGUCUUUUGGUCUGGGCUGGAGGUCUUACCAGCAGUGCAACGGCAACAUGCUCUGCUUUGCACCAGACCUCGUCAUCAACGAGGAGCGGAUGAAGCUGCCCUACAUGGCCGACCAGUGUGAGCAGAUGCUGAAGAUUUCCAGCGAGUUUGUCCGGCUGCAGGUUUCCCACGACGAGUAUUUGUGCAUGAAGGUCCUGCUGCUGCUCAGCACAGUGCCAAAGGAUGGCCUGAAGAGCCAGGCGGUGUUCGACGAUAUCCGGAUGUCGUACAUUAAGGAGCUGGGGAAAGCCAUCGUGAAGCGCGAGGAGAACUCCAGCCAGAACUGGCAGCGUUUCUAUCAGCUCACCAAGUUGCUCGACUCCAUGCAUGAGAUGGUCGGUGGACUGCUCAGCUUCUGCUUCUACACCUUUGUGAAUAAAUCCCUGAGUGUGGAGUUCCCGGAGAUGUUGGCAGAGAUUAUCAGCAACCAGUUACCAAAAUUCAAAGCCGGGAGCGUCAAACCACUCCUCUUCCACCAGAGAUGACUUUGCCCCAUAACAGACACAAUGCCUUAAAAUCCCACCACAUCACCUCACCAACACCCCCCCACCCCCCACCCCCCACCCACAAACCCCAUACCGCGAAGGGCGACAAGUAGAGUGAUGUUUCGGGGAACGAGUAUGCAACUUUGUAUAGUGGCUGGCUUACGGGUCAGGAGGGAGAGAGCGGAGAGACUGGAGAUGUUUGUGUUGGAACCCGACGGAGGUUUUGUUUUGUUGAGCAGACGUGAGAGGUAGUGAAUAAAAAGUAGGAAAUGUUUGUAAGAUAAAAGAUAUUCACAAAGAGAAAUAGGCUAACAUCCAUGUCGUCUCAGGUUUCUUACCGUCAAAUACAGAACGAUAUCUAAAAUAGAUAAAAGAAAUAUCUAUGUACAGGUUCUGAGAGUAUUUUCUACACUUUCAAAUUGUAACAGUUUAUACAGUUUUCCAGGUUGUCGUUGCCUGUGAAGGUAACAAAGCUUAAUUAAUAACUUGCUCUUAAGUAGGCUUUUAAGACUGUAUGUUCCUCUUUACGUUUUUAUAGGAGGUUGUAACAAAAUGUUUCAGUCACAUGGGAGCAAAUACUCUGUUUUGCAGUCAUUUAAAAAGCAUAUUUCAUUGCUUUAAUUGAUACUUUGGACGUUCGAACAAUUCUGUUGGAUUGUUGAUCGACAGGCGUCUGUUAUUAAAAGGGAAAAAAAUGUGCCUUUUUUGCUUCAGAUAUCAUCUUAGCCAUUUCUUCCGACCUGUCCCAACGCGUGCUUCUAUUUAACCCCUCAUGGUCUACCUUCAUCAUAUGUUGAUUGUACUUUUUAUGUUAGAUGCAGUUGUAAGUUUUCCUUCUUUUUUUUUUUUUUUUUUUUGUUAAUGGAUGUGUUUAUCUUUAGAUGCUCGGUCCAUCCUCCGUGUGUAAAAAUUAUCCUUAUCAUUACGACAGAAUAUUCAAAGCCCGCACACUGAACUCCUCAAGUGUGAUUCAAGCAUUUCGUACCCUGCUAAAGGCUUUAAACGACUGUGAAGAAAGAUUAUUAUGCUGUGCCAGUCUUUAAUAUAUGACUUUAUAUAUAUUUUUCUGUUAGGAAAUAGCCCACUUUGAUGUUUGUUUUAGCCCCCACUCCUGCCCCCGUAGUCUGAUAAUGGAAUGUGAUAGAUACCUGCGUCUACCGAUCACAGAAGAGAAGGCAUAUUUUAUUGUUUUUGCAAGAUUGUCAUUUUUUAUUCAUCAGGAAAACUAAUUUCUAUAGUUUUAACAUGGCUUAAACUAGCCACCCUUCAUUUUUUAACGUUCCUCUUACAGUCUGUAAGAUCCAACGAACACGCAUUCGUGAUUCUGCCACUGACGAUCCUUCUUUGACAUUAUAUCCAUGCUAUCAAUUAGCAUCUGAUUUGGAUGGUUAAUUAUUGAAAGCCUUUACAUUGUUGCUUUGCUGUAGCGCUUCGUUAGGGUGAAAUGUCACACUCAUGUCUGUAUGUUAAAUAUGUACCUGAAGUCAGCAUCUGUCUUGCUUAGCUAAGGUGUGUAGCUCAGUCCCAACCUCGGUCAGACAGACACACAGACCUGCAUCUGACCUCACCGCAACCCUCUUUGAGGCGGUCAGGCACGCUUUCGCCCAAAUCCAGAGAUGUGCAAAUCGGUGGUUUGACUUGGCACAGCCAAUAGUGCCACUGCUCCCUUUAUGCUAAGCUAAGCUAACUGGGUCCUGGCUGUAGCUUCAUAUUUAGUGUACAGAUGUGAGAGGGGGCAUCAGUUUUCUCAUCUUAACUGGACAAGAAAGUGAAAAAGAGUAUUUCUCAAAAUGUCUCCUUUUAAACUGAAUGGGUUGUAUGAUAGAUAGCUCGUGUAUACAGCACUUUGGAUCAGGUUCAUCACCUUGUAAAUCUCCCACAGCUGCUGAAAACCUUUAACGUUUAACCUUUCUACCCCUUGAACGCCCUGUUAGAACCUUGUCUCAAUGUCUGUGUUUUUAGUACAUUAGCAUGUUGAUUUGUUUGUUAGGUAGUCGAGCCCCAAUGUUUGAAAGCACUUAUGCUGUGUUCCAUUUACCUUGGAAGUCGGAGCUGGGAAUGACGUCACACACAAGGCGUUCCAGUUCACAGGUCGGAAAACCUCGCUCGGCCAGCCAUUGUUUGCAACCAGCCAGGUUAGCUAUUGUUACGCCGGUUGAUUUAAAAAAAAAAAUGCAUUGUGCGGUAUUUGUUCUUACUAAACGCUGUAGCAGACAGCAGUUGGACAGUACUUUGUGUAUGAAUAUUUAUAUGAGACACAAAUACACAGAAGUGCUAAUAAACAGUAUGAACUACAGCUUUCACUAACUUGAUACUCACAGCAGCCGUCUUGGAUCACGAAGUUGGGGUAGUGCGGUUCUCCCGACUUUCCAAGUCGGAAAGCCGACUUAAGGGGUGCGUUCCCUUUGAGAUUUCCGACUUCCCAUGUCAAAUGGAAUGUAGCAUUUUCAUGAGUCACAGUGAAAGUGUAGCGUUGCGACUGGGGAGGCAGGCGAAAUGGAUCCUUUAUUCUCUGGGAACUGUUUGAGUGCCAAACUCCUGUUUUGUUUGCUUUGGUCAGUGUUUGUAUCUCAAGAGGAAACAAGUCCCAGUAUUGAAGCUUAUAAAUGUGCCCAUAAAUAGAUAGGGGGCAAAAAAGGCCUGAAUUAUCUUCGCUCCAGUGUACUGGAUUAAGAUCAUUAUUGGGUGAUAACCGAGCUGUAUCUGUAAUACAGAUGUGUUGUGUAAUCACACAGUAAUGUGGGCCUGUCAGUUCAGUAUCUGUUUAUUUGUGUUGUGUGUAAGUAGGGGAGAAUAUGUCCUGCAACAUUUUCAUCAGCUUAGUUUAUCAGUGUGUUUCAUAACCCAAACAUGUUGUUUGUGUUUAAAGCACAAAAGAAUCCAGGUUUUUGACAUGAAUGUGAUCCUUUAAGAAGAAGUAAUUUCGUUUAAAAGAAAUGCUCUUGACGAGGUGAUGCCCUGCCAGUUUUAAAAAUAAUUGGAUAAAUAUGUCAAGUGACUACAAAGGGCUCACAGUUGCAUUUCAUAUGGAAAAUGUCAAAUUGUUCCUCUGUUGCUAAACUAUCCCAACAACAAAUGUAAAAGCACUAAUUAUACAUCUUCAACUGCUCCCGUGCUCAGGUUGUUCAAAUGUGAAAUCACAGUGUGUGGUCACCCAUGUUUAGUCAUCUGUGUCCUGACUUAUAGAGCCAAAAACUUUCAGUUUGGGUUCCCCAAAAUGUGUCUGCUUCUGUGUGUUUUUUUUGUUUGUUUGUUUUUGUCAGGGGGGAAAAAAAGUUGACUUGACAGAGUAGUAAUGUUUCAGGAAUGUGCUGCCACGGUCGUCGUUCAUACCCAGGCUCAGAAAAAAAGAUGUCUUGUUAUUUUUCUUUCUGAGUUUUAUUCAAAAUAGUUUAAAACCAUCUUUAUUAACUGCAUAGGGGUUACUCACAGGUUACUUUCACAUUCAGUGUAUCCAAAUAUCUGCUGCUGUUCAUUUAAACAGGUGUAUAUAUAUCCUAUAUAUAUAUAUAUAUAUAUAUAUAUAUAUAUAUAUAUAUAUAUAUCUCGCACACUUGCCUCUUCUUGCUCAAAAAUGUAUCCUGUCGUGUACAUUUUUGAGAACAACUGAAUAUGCAAUAGAAACGCCAGAUAAUCUAUCACCAUCACUUAACAAAGUGUGGUUGCUUCCUUGGUAUUUCUUUUUGUUCCAGUAUAAGCUAUUUGCAUACAGGAGAUUCACAUUUAACUUUAUCUCUGCAGGCCAGAUUUUCAGGAAAAGAUACACUCGGUCUACCAAGACUGCACAAAAAAAACCCUAUUUUAUGUUUGACUACAAGGUGACCAAAGCAAGUACAGAAAAAUUCAACAUGUCAAUGUAAACUAAGUAGCUUCUAGAAGACAAAUGUACAUUUAUUUGUUUUGUUUUGUUAAACAAUUUAUUAUUAUUUUUUUUUUACUCUUAACGCGAUGGCUUUGGUCAAAUUGUGUAAUACUGUGAAUAGGAUAGGAGUCAGUCUUUUUCACACACAACCUGUUUGUGAAAGUAAUCAACCAGCUUGAAUCUAAAAAGAUUUGCACUACCCAAAUAUUGUUUGAAAAUCUAUUUUGUAUAAAACAUUAUGCAGACAUUAACUUUUGAGAAUCAAGGGCAGAUCAUAUUUCACUGGUAUAUGCGUUCUCUAAAAAAACACAAAAAAACAUUUGUUUGCUUACAUUUUGAAUAUGUACAUAUAAUCCAUUGUAAAGAAAAUGUGGUGUAUUUGUCUCCAAAUACUAGUUUUUCUAUACCCACCCUGUAUUAUUUCUGCUCUGUAGUGUGACUUCUGUUGAUCUCAUCCUCCAAUGAUUAAAGGUCGAAUUGUAAGUGUUUGUGUGGUACUUAUCGAAACAAGGAACUGUAUGCUGAUGUUUGCCUUGAUAUUAACUUGAUGACUCUGAACAAUGAGAACGGUAAGCUUGUUGUAAGACACUUUUCAUUAUCAUAUACCAAGCACUUGUUCGUCAAUAAAUGCGUUUUUCCAUUC